AGAUCCUUCCGAUAAUAUUUUUCCUUUGACAACCGUACGUACAGCUCCUCAGAUCAUAGGUGUGACGGAGCAAGGUAAUUGGAAUUUUCUUGAGCUUUUGUAGGAAAACAUUCACUGCAGGGGAAGAGGGAGAAGAAAAGGGUGAGAGACGGAGGAAGAGUCAAAUUCGUCGAUGGUAACUGUGGAAUUGGGAGACAUGGAGAAGCAGCGAACUAGAAAACGUCCUCGCCUCGCCUGGGAUGUUGCCCCUGCUGAAGCCGAGGCUGCUCGACUGCCGAUUCCUGCUAAUGAGAGUCUCGUUCGAACGGCGUCGCCGCCAUGGAGAGAUGACGAUCGAGAAGGCCAUUAUGUCUUUAAUCUUGGAGAGAAUCUGACUCCAAGAUAUAAAAUACUAAGCAAGAUGGGUGAAGGCACAUUUGGCCGUGUUUUGGAAUGUUGGGACCGUCAAACACGAGAGUAUGUUGCAAUUAAAGUAGUUCGAAGCAUUAGCAAAUACCGUGAGGCAGCAAAAAUUGAAAUCGAUAUACUUCAACAUCUUUCUAAGAAUGAUAUAGGUAGCUCACGAUGUGUGCAGAUCCGAAGCUGGUUUGAUUACCGCAAUCAUAUAUGCAUUGUGUUUGAGAAGCUUGGACCAAGUUUAUUUGAUUUUCUACGGAGAAAUAAAUAUAGCCCAUUUCCUGUGGAUCUUGUCCGGGAGUUCGGACGUCAGCUUUUGGAAUCCGUAGCAUAUAUGCAUGAUUUACGCCUAAUUCAUACUGACUUGAAGCCAGAAAAUAUACUUCUUGCCUCUUCUGAGUAUGUAAAGCUUCCAGGGUACAAGAGAAAUUCCCCAGAGGAUAUGCACUUCAGGUGUCUGCCGAAGUCAAGUGCCAUAAAACUGAUUGAUUUUGGUAGUACUGCCUUUGACAAUCAGGAUCAUAGCUCCAUUGUCUCCACAAGGCAUUAUCGAGCACCAGAGAUCAUUUUAGGUCUUGGAUGGAGUUACCCUUGUGAUCUAUGGAGUGUUGGUUGCAUACUUGUGGAGCUUUGUUCGGGAGAAGCACUGUUUCAGACACACGAGAACUUGGAGCAUUUGGCAAUGAUGGAGCGGGUAUUGGGACCUUUGCCAGGGCAUAUGAUACAAAGAGCCUGUCGUGGUGCAGAGAAAUAUUUCAGGCGGGGAGCACGAUUAAAUUGGCCCGAGGGGGCAGUUUCAAGAGAAAGUAUCCGUGCUGUGAAGAAACUUGACCGGCUAAAGAAUCUGGUUUCUCAAUGUGUAGAGUCCUCAAGGGCUUCUUUAACAGACUUGCUCUAUGGGCUGUUGCAAUUUGACCCGUUGGAACGGAUAACUGCUCGACAAGCGCUCAACCACCCGUUCUUCAGGAAUCCAACUUAAAUGGAGAAGCUUAAAGUUAAUUUAUCAGUUUGCCAAUUUUAGUAGACUCUGGAGGAUGAAGACGAAGGUCGUCUAGCUUAAGCUAAGGUUAACAACAUGUAACAUGCUUAUUUUAGUUUGGUAAAUGGGUUGUGUAUCAUCUUGUUUUGUGGC